AUGGCUCCAAAGAGAAAGGAAAAUGAAACACCAAAGAACAGGUCUAGCAAGAAAUUGAAGCUUGACAAUAAGACUAUCGUUACGAAGAAGAAGAACACGAAGAAAACUCACAUCCUAGUAAAGCCAAAAAAGACUCUUCGUGUAGAUACCAAGAUUUUGAACCAUUCGAUCUGUGUUCCAACUACUAUUUUAAAAAAUUGUACCAAUUUAGAUCAAAUAACUCACAUCGUGUACCAAAUUGCUAAGGCUGCCACUAUUUUCAAUGUUGGAGAGCUUGUCAUUUUAGAACUUGGAGAUAGAAAGACAAAACAAAAUUCGGACGAUAAACAAAGAUUAUCUGAUUCUAUGCUAAUUGCUUCGUUGUUACAAUACUUUGUUACACCGCCCUAUUUAGUAAAAUCUGUAUUUAAGAAACAAUAUAUGAAAUAUUUUGUUGCAGCUGAAAAAUUACCAAGAUUAACAGCAUUACCAUUCAUGAGACAUUACAAUGAGGAUGAAGGUAGAUAUAGAGAAGGGUUAGCUGUAAGGAUGGAAAAUCCUAGUAACAAAAGUACAAAGGAGUACAAACAGACUAAAUAUAUUAAUAUUGGUAAAGAUGAACUAUUGUCAUUGAAGACCCAACUGGUUCCUACAAAUGUUAGGGUAACGGUAGAUGCUGUCGAACGUAAAGUUGUAUCACCAGUCGAAGCAUACGGAGAUUUCGUCGGUGCUCAAUCUUCAUUUGGUUACCAUGUUAGAGUUACAAAGAACUUCGGUUCGAUAUUCACAGAUUGUUCUUUCCCAAAUGGUUAUUCUCAAUGUAUUUGGGCCAAUUCUGGUGAUUUUUUCUACGAUGAACAAGAGAAAAAAUAUUCUAAAGUUGAAACUAAAGUACCUCGGAUAACAAAAAUUGUUAAACCAGAAACAAAUGAGAAUGACAGUUCGACGACAACACAACCGGCUAACUUAUUGAUCGUGUUCGGCAAAUGGUAUGAUAUCAAGAAGAGUUUUGAUGAAUCCAAGGAUCAAUUCGAAGGCUGUGACGGUGCACAUCAAUUCUUUGAUGGUCAGAUCGAAAUGCCAGGUGCAUCCCCACAAGGAAAUAUCUGCAUUGAGGACAGCUGUAUGAUCACUCUCUCAGUACUUGAUGCCAUGGAAUGA